AUGCGUGAUAAUUUCCAUUCAGACCGUGGAUUUGGUACAUUCCCAGGCGUUUCGCCGGCAUCCUCAAUGAGUCUUGCUAGUCUUAGCACCACACUACAACUCGCCAAAGAGGCCAGUGAAGUCGAUCCUUUCUCCAAUUGUCUGCAAAACAGUUGUAGUAUCUCUCCUGCCCUAUAUCUUCGUACCAUCCCUUCAAUAUCACACUUUCAUGCUUGUAUAUCUAAACCUAUUCACACUCUACGCUGGCUUCCACAUCCCUCUCACCGUGCCGAGAGUGUUGAUCCAAGGCAGCGGUUUGAACUUCAAUCCUCUCCCUUCGGAUCACAUCACAGUCAUCCUCUUGCUCAGUAG